CGCCGACCCAAUGGAAAUCGACAGAAGCAGAAGACAAUCAAAAGCAUCGGAACCUCCAGAAAAAAUCAGAGAAUUACUGAAGGAGUUCCAAGACAUUCUUCCCGACGACCUUCCGAAUGAGCUACUGCCGUGCCUAACGCACCAACACGAGGUUGUGGAGGAACCAGGUUCGAAGCCGACCUUUCGAGCACCAUUCCGGCUCAGCCCUACAGAGCCAGCCGAUAUGAAGAAACGGAUCGAGUAUCUUCUGGCAAAAGAACUCAUCCGACCAUCCACUUUUCCAUACGGUGCCCCAUUACUCUUCACACCGAAGUCGGACGGAAGCCUGCGCAUGUGCAUCGGCUACCGAGCUCUCGACUGGCAGACCAUCAAGAAUAAAUACCCAAUUCCACGAAUCGAUGACCUGCUUGACCAGCUUCAGGGAGCCACAGUACUUUCCAAUCUGGAUUUGCGGUCCAGAUACUGGCAGAUAAGAAUGGCGGACAAUUCCAUCCACAAAACUACCUUCCGAAAUCGUUACGGGUCGUACGACUAUAUGGUAAUGCCGUUCGGACUCUCCAGCGUACCCACAACCUUCCAAGUAGAAACGAACCAUAUUAUACGACCAUUGCUGGAAAAGUGCAUGGUGGUGUACCUGGACAACAUCCUCAUCUACUCGCGUGACAUGAAGCAGCGCAUCGAACACCUACGACGCGUCUUCGAAAUACUUCGACGGGAACGAUUCUAAGUCAAAUGAUCAAGAGCGAA